AUGGCUCAAACUAACAAAUCAGUUCCAAUGAAAUGUUCAUUUUGCGGUGAUUCUCAUCCGAUCUCACAAUGUCAAGCUUUUCUCUCUAAAUCCGUAGCUGAGCGCAUAACGAUCACAACCGAAAAAGGAUGGUGCUACAACUGCCUCAAGGAAUCUCAUCAAUUGCGAAACUGUGUCAGCAUUUUUCGAUGCCUCAAAUGUAAAGCUAAACACCACACUUUAAUUUGUGACAUGAACAAGGAAGAUUAUUGCGUUACCGACUCUGAAUCCGUGUCUCUCGUUGCUGGGAACUCUAGUCAUGUAGCGAAUACAACCGUUCUUUUGGCUACAACUAGUAUUCAAAUCAAGGACGUAGACGGCAAGUAUCAUCAGUUUCGAGCAAUCUUUGACACCGGAAGUCAAAAUAGCAUUAUAACUCAAUCGGCAGCUCAACGUUUAAAUGUUGAACCAGUUCCAGGCAAAUUCAACAUCAAGAGCUUGGGUGGUGUCGCAGUUAGUAUCACCGGCAAGAUUCACUGUAACGUUGCCGCUAAUAAUCACACGUUAUUUGGUGUUGACAUGCAUGUCAUGCCAACAAUCUGUGGCGAUCAUCCAAGCGCGAAACUUCAAACUCAAGGCUGGUCUCAUAUUCAUUCGCUAACUUUAGCUGAUCCCGGGUUCGAUACUCCUGGACCUAUUGACGUGCUUUUAGGCGCUGACGUUUUCGCAAACUCUUUACUCAACGACAUCAUAAAGGGCGAUGAGCAUCAGCCCCUCGCCAUAAAUUCUUUGUUCGGUUGGCUGUUGGUAGGAAGAGCACCACUCGUGAAUACUAUUUUGCCACCGGAGGUUUUACCUAACUCGACCAAGUUGGUAUACGUCCGACCAGAUCAGCUCUCAAGCCUUCCUCAGAAGGAAUAUUUUCCAGAACCUCAAUCAUUCAUUGACAACCCAUCUUCAAAUAUAAACGUGCAUAAUCUACGUGCGAUAUCAGCCACCAAUACGCUUUUACGCGAUCUAAAAUCCUCAAAUGAAUUACCAGAUCAGCUAUCCGCUAAGAUAGGGAUCUUGCCAGACCAGCAACUACGCGCAGCAUUGCCACGUGCUGUCUUGUCUCCGAUACAAUCGAAAUACGAGCAAACAGAUCUCGGUCUGGAUCGCCUCGGUACGACCGGAUAUGGAUUUGGUGAAUUACGUAAAAGCGAUGUUAACUCGUGGUUAGUGUUUCAGCCUCUAUUUUGA